UUAACCUUGGAACGUCCUCUAUCCGCACCAGCUGUUGCGAAGCCUGAGCGAGGUUCAAGCAUUACAAAAACCCGUCAUUCCGCCGUUCGUACUCUCUCCAACGUACCAACAGGCGUGGUUGCCCCUGCGUGAGCCCCUCGGCAAACAAAAGAUAAUCACUUUGCGGGGCGGUGCGGUGUAGCGAGGCGGGGAGGACUCUAGGUCGUUGCUUAGCAACUCCCCACUCCGACCGCACGGUUUAACGGAAAAAGGGAAGGUCACCCAGCCGGUUGCCACACACGCGCUGUAACUUGUGAAAGCGUCAGUUCCACGGUUCCUGAAUUGGUUUAGUCGCGGCCAGGCAACCGAAGCGAUAGGUUGUACUUUCCGUACCCCGCCACCACAUGUGUGAGCUGAACCGUUGGUCUACCUUUGAAAAACUGCUUUUUAUGUGUUUCUUUGUGCUCUAUAAUGGUUGUUAAUUGCCUGAUUCAUGCAAUGUUUCCUUACGGGGAAGCAAAGCCAGAAAAGGACGAUGUCGAAAUCAGCGCAAUGGCCGAGAAGAUCCGAGAGACUAACCAGAAGAUGAUGAAGUUGUAUACACAAUUGGCUACCCAAAACACUAUGACAGCCAAGCGUCAUGAUACCGCUCCAGCAGUUAAAGAGACCUCGGACGAUUACGCUUCAACCCAGGGACACUUUGGAUGGACUACUAUCAAGGAUAAGAAUAUCCCGUACCUCAUACGAUCUGGUGGGAGGCGGUAUGUUUGCAAACGGAUGCUUGUGAAGCUACAAGUCUUCACCCCAUACAUGCAUAUUUUCACUGAUGAAGUAUAUAGCUGCCCUAGUUUCAAAACCGUCACCGUCACUAAGGCUGAAGCAGAAUUGCUUAACGAAAUCAACACGAAACACUGUGAUAAGUACUACGGAAGCGUAGAAUUUGGAAAUGAAGACCUACUAAUUUUGCUAGAAGAUUUGAACGAAUUGAAGAAAUUCUUAGAGUUUUGCUAUUCAAGACUUAUUAAAAAAGAUAAGACUAAACAACCUUGUGGAUUCAUCAAGGUGUCAUCACAAAACUGUGUGCCAUAUAUACGAAUUGGUGCCACUACAUACGUACCUUUGUUCUACUUUGAAGGAGACUGCGUUUACUUGGAAGAAAGGGCGGUUAACCUAGAAGGCUGGAACCUAGCUUACCUCAAACUUGCGUGCAAGUUACAAGGGAUCAGGAAAGAGCUGUAUGAUAAGCCUUGCUUACAAGUAGUCGAGCUGGAACUGGUAAAACAAUUUUUCGCUCCUGGGACAUCGUUUGAGGAAUUUUGGCUAUACGAUAAUAAUACAGACCAACUCGUUAAAAAACAAUUUACUGUUUUAAAUACACUGCCACCAACUUCAACGGUGCAGAAUCGGCAGAAUAUUCAACCUGAUCAACAGAGAAAUAUUCCAGUGUCUACGGCACCAGUUUACCAAUACGUUUAUCCUAAGCAGUAUUUUAAUAAUGUAAAUGCUAAUGCACAACCAACAAGUGCAACAAGUCGGAUACCAGUGAAUGCGCAGAUGGCAUAUCACAAUGCUUAUGCAAAUCCAUACAGAGAAACGGGUAGUCGAAAUAUCCGUCCAAAUCCAUACCCAGUAACAACUACAAACUCGAGCAGACCAAAAACAACUGCUCCUGUAUAUAUACCUCCAGCAAAUAAUAUAACCAUUAACAGAAAUCCUCCAAAUGUUCCGAUCUUGCCUUAUCAAACAGCGACAGCAUACGGCGUUUACCCUAGUUGUGUUAAUAGUCGGCCUUUGGAUUAUUGCAUUAACUUACAACCCUCUUCCAUGAACCCGUUAGGGGCUACAGUGGAAGAGUUAGCCUCUAGGUUCUUCGAAAUAUCCUUAGAUAUUUUACUUAACGCCCUUGGAGCGCUAGGAGUUCCCGUGAUGCCGGUAAACGCGCAGCAACAACAGAUACUUAACUGUUACAACAUACAACAAUCCAAAGGUUUAGUUGAUGUAAAUUAUAUUAAAGAACAUUAUACACGUCUUACAUACAUGACAAAUAGUAAGAGAAAGUAGGAUGUGUAGUGCUUGCAUGUUCCUUAUUUUGUUGUUUCAGUGGGGAGAGACGAAAAAAUAUUUUGUUCGCAAUAUGUACCGUUCAACGUGAAAUGUAUGCUAAUUUCGCAUGUAAUAAUUUAUAAAUAUAUAAAGUUUUGAAAUGUC